GGAGGGAAGGAGAGAGGGUGGGGCGCAGCCUUGGACCCCCGUUUCCAUAGCAAAUGAUUCACUCCUUUAUUGGUUACGUUUCCCCGAGUUCUCCCUCUCCGUUGGGCCGAAAGAGGAUGACUCCCCCUGAGGCAACCAGGUGGGUUUCACGGCUCAGGUGGCGCCAGACCCCAGACCUUCCACACGCCAGCGAGACUACUACACCAGAAAGAGCGCGCUCCUCCUCGGAUUCUGUUUCUCCUUUGCGUCCUCCUCCAUAGCGUCCUCCUUUUGUUAGAGAAGAAAGACAUGUUUAGGGUGGUAUAAACUAUGGCCCAGUUCUAUUACAAGAGAACCGUCAGUGCCCCAUACAGAGAUCGCAUCCCGCUUCGCAUUGUACGAGCCGAGUCUGAACUGUCACCUGCCGAGAAAGCCUAUUUGAGUGCGGUGGAGAAAGGGGAUUAUGCCGGUGUGAAGCAAGCCCUGGAGGAAGCAGAAAUUUAUUUCAAGAUCAAUAUUAAUUGCAUUGACCCCCUUGGAAGGACGGCUCUCCUUAUUGCAAUAGAAAAUGAAAACCUGGAGCUCAUAGAGCUGCUCUUGAGCUUUAAUGUCUAUGUGGGGGAUGCCCUGCUGCAUGCCAUCAGGAAAGAAGUGGUUGGUGCUGUUGAACUGCUAUUAAACCACAAGAAACCCAGCGGGGAGAAACAGGUUCCACCCAUACUUCUGGACAAGCAGUUUUCAGAAUUUACACCAGACAUUACUCCCAUUAUCCUGGCUGCCCAUACAAACAAUUAUGAGAUCAUAAAACUUUUAGUACAGAAGGGUGUUUCUGUCCCCCGACCUCAUGAAGUCCGUUGUAACUGUGUGGAGUGUGUCUCCAGCUCAGAUGUGGACAGCCUUCGCCAUUCCCGAUCCAGGCUGAAUAUCUACAGAGCUCUUGCCAGUCCAUCUUUGAUUGCCCUAUCAAGUGAGGAUCCUUUUCUUACAGCUUUUCAGUUAAGCUGGGAACUUCAGGAGCUAAGCAAAGUGGAAAAUGAAUUCAAAUCUGAAUACGAGGAACUGUCUCAGCAAUGUAAGCAGUUUGCAAAAGACCUCUUGGAUCAGACCCGAAGUUCCAGGGAAUUGGAAAUCAUCCUUAACUACAGAGAUGAAAGCAGCCUCAUAGAAGAGCAGAGUGGCAAUGAUCUGGCAAGAUUAAAACUGGCAAUUAAGUAUCGCCAGAAAGAGUUUGUUGCCCAGCCAAAUUGCCAGCAGCUUCUUGCCUCUCGCUGGUAUGAUGAGUUUCCAGGAUGGAGAAGGCGCCAUUGGGCUGUGAAGAUGUUGACUUGUGUCAUCAUUGGAUUCCUAUUCCCAGUCUUCUCUGUCUGCUAUCUGAUUGCUCCCAAGAGCCCAUUGGGGCUGUUUAUCAGGAAGCCAUUCAUCAAAUUUAUCUGCCACACUGCAUCCUACUUGACUUUCUUGUUCCUCCUGCUACUUGCAUCACAGCACAUCGACAGGUCAGAUCUGAACAUGCAGGGGCCUCCACCAACCAUCGUCGAGUGGAUGAUAUUACCGUGGGUCCUGGGGUUUAUCUGGGGCGAAAUCAAACAAAUGUGGGAUGGUGGCCUUCAGGACUAUAUCCAUGACUGGUGGAACCUGAUGGAUUUUGUAAUGAACUCCUUAUAUCUCGCAACAAUAUCAUUAAAAAUUGUUGCAUUUUCAAAGUACAGUGGGCUGCUCCCAAGACAGAGCUGGGAUAUGUGGCACCCAACCCUGGUGGCUGAGGCCCUUUUCGCUAUUGCAAACAUUUUUAGUUCUCUCCGCCUAAUCUCAUUAUUCACUGCAAAUUCUCACCUGGGACCAUUGCAGAUCUCCCUUGGAAGGAUGCUGUUGGACAUUUUAAAGUUUCUGUUCAUCUAUUGCCUUGUGCUGCUAGCUUUUGCAAAUGGACUCAACCAGCUGUAUUUCUAUUAUGAGACUACUGAAACUGAUCGCUGCAAAGGGAUAAGGUGUGAAAAUCAAAACAAUGCAUUUUCAACUUUAUUUGAAACUCUCCAGUCACUCUUUUGGUCUGUCUUUGGACUCAUCAACCUCUAUGUCACCAAUGUUAAAGCACGUCAUGAAUUCACCGAAUUUGUUGGGGCCACUAUGUUUGGUACUUACAAUGUCAUCUCUCUGGUCGUCCUGCUCAACAUGUUGAUAGCCAUGAUGAACAAUUCCUACCAACUCAUCGCUGAUCAUGCAGACAUUGAAUGGAAAUUUGCACGAACAAAACUCUGGAUGAGUUACUUUGAAGAAGGGGGAACUUUGCCCACUCCCUUCAACGUCAUACCAAGUCCCAAGUCUCUCUGGUACCUCGUCAGAUGGCUAUGGAAGCAAUUGUGCAGGAAAAAGAUUAGAAGGAAACCUGAAAGUUUUGGAACUAUCGGGAGACGUGCAGCUGAUAAUUUGAGAAGACAUCAUCAGUACCAGGAGGUCAUGAGAAAUCUGGUUAAGAGAUAUGUGGCAGCAAUGAUAAGAGAUGCUAAAACUGAAGAGGGGCUGACUGAAGAGAAUUUUAAGGAGUUAAAGCAGGAUAUUUCUAGCUUCCGCUUUGAAGUACUGGGUCUGCUAAAAGGAAACAAGCUGCCUAAUUUGCAGUCCUCGAAAAACAGCAGAGAAUCUUCUUCUUUGCCGGAGUCUGAUGAAGGCAGUGAAAAUGGGGGGAAUGAGAAGGCUAAAAAGAAGCCCCUUAGCCUCUUUGACUUAACUACAAUGAUUCGCCCCAGAGUCGUGACCAGAACCUCUGGAGCACACAGCCAGAGCAACGGGUCAGCAGUGGUGGCAUUGGAGGCCACCAAGGAAAAGCAAAAGAAAGUGAACUUUAAGGCUGAUGCAAAGAAGUUUGGGUUCUUCCACAGACAGUCAAAAACCAGCUCCACUGAGCACAGCACAAACAAAAUCUACUCCAUUUCAGAAGAAGUUUCGCGGCAACAAGCAGAUGAACAAAGUGAGAAAGUCCCUGAAAUGGGAGAGAAAACAUUAGUUGUGAACUAUGAACUAAACAUUCAGGAUCUCAGCGGAAAGUGCUCUGCAGGCACUAAAACACAAACUAAAAAUGACACUUUAGAUUCUGUCUUGGAUGACAAGGCAACUUCUUCUGAAACUAAGGAGGCUAUGAUUCAGGACUCAGAUCUGACCAUACCAAAGGACUUGAUGGAGAAGGAGCAGGAUAUCAAUAGUGAUUCCACUGUGAAACAAGAGACAAUUGUUCAGGAUAAUUAUUUGACCACAAGGUUGUGAUGACAGCAGUCUGAGCUUAAAAAUACGUAUAUUACAUUAUUUGGGAUGAUACUUAAAACUACAUCAGACAAUAGAAAAUCAAAGCAUUCAGAAUUGUUGGAGAUGAACUUGUAACAUAAUUCUAUGAAAGAAAAUAAAGAGAAAAAACUUCUGUUUUGCUUUAGCUUUCACAAUUUCUUUUACAUUUUUUUAUUAAAUGGGAGCAUCUUGUAUUCUUGUACUGUUGCAAUAACCCACAGAAACUUUUUAGCUAUCUUUUUUCAAUUAAAAAAUGGAAUUUCUCUGUGAUAGUUAAUGCCUAUGGUAAAUAUUUUUCUAUGCAAAUAAAUGUAGCUUAACAAAUGUAAGCUUUAUGGACAUUUAAAAAAAGAUUCUUAAUUAUAUGGGCAGGUUUAAGAAUUCUAGGUGUUUUCUGUCCAAAAAUAUUUUAGUAGUUUGAAAUGUUAAGUUACAAAUAAAAUUUGAAACAAAGACCAAAUCAAUCUCUUGAAAGUGGUUAAUAUUUGUAAUUUAGAGCUCAUUAAUCAUGUUGCUAAUUCUGUUAGCAUUCCCUAUAUUAUUUGGUUGUUCUGCACAUAAUAAACAUUACAACUGGCCUUCCUAAGUUUAUAACUAGCACCACAGUAAUAGAAAUAUUAUUUCUUUAUUGGGUGUCAUCUACUUGAAAUAACAUUGCUCCCGAACAUUUUCCAGCCAAAAAUAGUGCUUAUUUUCCUAACCUUGCAUACAUCUCUCUGUGAAAUGAAUUAAAGAAAAACGGACUCGACUUUUCAAAGCUUUCCUGCCAAUUCUUGUAAUAGGAGUUCUGCCCUCCUCAGAGACAGCCAAGGAAAUGUGUAUUUUCAAGCCUGGAUUAAUCAAUCACAAACCAAGGUUAUUUCAGAUCACUGCAGUAUUGAGGGGUGUCUUUGGUCCCUUCUGUUUUCAUAAUUCUGGGGUGUUGGACUGCUUUAAAAUAUCCCCCUUUGAAAUACUACAAAAUUAUGACAAUCCUUAGAAAUCUCUUUUUAAAUACAAUCUUGACAGAUCAGUUUCUUGCUGAGAUGUUAGUGGCCUCUUUUCUGAUUGUUUGCACAAUAAAUAUGUUGGUUUUGAAAUGUAUAUUAUUAAUCUAAGAGUAUUUUCAUAAGUCAUUUCCUGUCAGCAGUUUUUAAAAUUAAAUUAUCUGUUUAUUUCUCAC